AUGCGUCUCUCCAUUUUUGUCUUCAUUUCGACCUCUCUUGCGCUUCUCAUCCCGAGAUGUGCCGAAGGUGACCAUGCUUCGUCAACUAUCGACGCUCGCGACUUGAAUGCUUCCCCUGUUGCUGCUGCUCACAAAGUCCCCGAGGCAAAGCCUCCGUACACCAAAAAAUACAAGGUUACUCCUGCCAAGACAGCUACGACUACACCUCUAGCAACCCGUGCUGUGACAACCGACGCCGAAACUUCAGAAGCUGCUGAGCUCUCCACGAGCACCUGUACCCCUCACUCUAUCUGUGUGGACGCAAUCAACUCUUGUGGGAUGCGUUAUGGAGGAUGCUACGAUGAAAACUUCUGUGAUGGCAAUACCAGCCCUUACCCCAUCCCUACUUGCUCGACCAUGAUGACGGUCAAGCGAGAAGCUACUCCUCCAACCAUUACACCACCUUAA